CAGUUGGUUUUGAACUGUUUAGCCGGUCGGUUGGGUCUGGUAACGACAAAGCACACAAGAGACGAAAGCAAAAAAGAUACGUCAUUAACCGUUACCUUCAAUGAAAAAAGCGCGCGCUGCAUAUUUUUUUCCCACUGCAAUUUUAUAUGCAUUUUUUUGAUUUUUUGACCACAAUAAAAAGUGUUUGGCACAAAAUGUAUGAAUGAAUUUGCCAAAGAACUUCGUGUGCGUUUUUUUUUUUAAAUAGAAGCAGUUAAAAACAUAACAAAAAACGAUCAUAAUACCGCGAAAAGCCAUAAAGAAAGAUUAUUGAGCAAUUGAAGGGGCACCGGAGCCAUCCGAUUUGUCCACAAUGCUACCGCAGCAGUAUUGCCUGCGCUGGAAGUACCAUCAUAGCAAUCUGCAGACGAUGUUCUCGCAGCUGCUGGACCGGGGCUGUUUCUGUGAUGUGACUUUGGCCUGUGAGGGCCAAUUGAUACGGGCACAUCGUGUGGUCCUGUGCGCGUGCAGCACCUUCUUCGAUUCGGUCCUGUCCAACUAUGCCAGCGAGCGUGAUCCGAUUAUCAUCAUGAAGGAUGUGACUUUCGCCGAGGUCAAGUGUCUCAUUGAGUUCAUGUACAAGGGCGAGAUCAAUGUGGAGCACGCCAGCCUGCCCUCGUUGCUGAAGACGGCCGAUGAUCUGAAAAUCAAGGGUCUGGCCGAGGUUACCUGGCGCGACGAUGACGAUGGACCGCCGCCUCCGAUGCCAGCUGCCGAGUUCCAUUCGCCGCCGCGCAGCCUGGCCGAGAGCUAUGCCCAGGACAUGCUCCAUCAGCAGGCGCCGCAUCUGCAGCCGCAGCUCUGCGGCGAGCGCGAACGGGAUCGCGAACGCCAUUCGCCGGCGGCCCUCGAGAAUGCCCUGGGCCUGAAUGCCGGCAGCCGUAUGCCCGCACUGACGCCCCUGCAUAGUGCCAGCGCCAGCGCCAGCGCAAGUUUGGAAUCCGGAGCGCCCGUCGAUCCGUAUCUGGGACCCAAGCGCAAACGAGGUCGCCCACCGCUCGACGACACUUACGAUGUAUUCAAUGUGCGUAAGCUGGCCCAAUAUGCAGCAAAUUUGGAGCCCACACAGCGCGCGUACUUGGAGUCGGGGCGUCCCUUUGCCGAGGAGCCGCUGCCCGUAGCACAUUCCGCCGCGCUGGCCUCGCCGCCCGCCGCCUGCCCGCCCAAGCAGCGCCAGCGACUGCGUCAGCAACAGCAGCAGCAGCAACAAUCGACGCCAGCAGAAACGGAGCCGGGCGAGCGUGAGCAGGAUUGGGCCAAUGGCUCGGAGCGUGGCCAGGGCAACAUGACGCCCAAGCUGAGCGAUGUGGAGCUCAAGACAGAGCUGGAAUUGAGCGAUGAUGCGGCUAGUGUGCAGACAGCAGCAACAGCAGCAACAGCAGCAGGAGCGGCAUCUGUGCCGUUGUCCAGCGCCAACAGGAAGCAGGACAAGCCGGCAGAGCGUCGCGAGCGCCACGGCAAGCUGCGUCAUGCCACGCGUCGACUCUAUGGGGAGCGCGAGAAGGCCGGCGAGGAGAAGGCGGCGCGUGCGCAUCGUGUUUCCGCCACAACAACUGUGAGCCAGUCGUCGGCUGCUGAGCCGCGGCCGCAGCCGGAGCAGGCAGCGGAGGCGGAGGCGGAGGUGGAGGUGGAGGCAUCAAGCGGCGCAUUGCCGCAGCCCAUCGAGGAGAUUGAGAACGAGCAUCUGGUGGCCAAUCGUGCGGAAUCGCCCGCCUCCAUACGCACCUCGGCACUGUUGCCCGCCGGCUUUGGCGGCAAGUAUACGCAUGGCGAAGCCACCGGAGCCGGUUACUUGAUCAACGAUCACAGCCUGCUCAUGGCCCACGAUUUUGCGCCCAGUGUGGCCAGCGCGGCGGCUGCGGCGGCCGUUGCAGCGGCAGCUGUUGCCGCCGCCACCGCCACCGCCAAUGGCAAUGGGAAAGUCAACAAUUCGGCGGCAGGCGGUGUCGAGCAUGGCGCCGACUAUGCCGAAGUGAAGCUGGAGGAUUACGAUGCAGCCGAAUUGCGGCUGACCAAUGAGGAGCUGACGCAGUGGCAGGAUGUUAUCAAAAUGGAUGACUACUUGGCCAAGGGGCGACGUCCGCAGUUCUGGGAGGAGCCAUUUACCAAGCGCGUGCUCGAUGCCAUCAAAAACAAAAGACUUGAAAUGAAGAAAGCCGCACGCAUUUUGGGCGUCUCCUAUGGCACACUCUACGGUCGCUAUCGUGAGGUCUACGGCUGCCUGAAGCAUCCAUAUAGCGGCACCAAUUUUCGCAAUUCCGUUGCCGUUUCCGCCUCCUCCGCAGCCAGCCAACUGGCGGUGCAGCCGCGCUUCGAUUUGAGUUUCCGUAGCAGCAGCGUGUUGCCCACACAGCUUGAGCUUGGUAAGCUGCGCCAGAAGGAUCUCAGCGAGCUCUGGACACGUCCGCAGAUAUGAAAACCAACGAAAAACUUUCAAAAUCUCAAACGUCGCCCGAGAUUAAUCUAGGCGUUGCGUCUAAGCUUAUGUUUUAA